AUGUAUACAGAAACACCAGAUCACAAUCGACCCUUGUUCAUCACUGGUCUUGUUCUUAACACCAAAAUCUCUCGGGUUUUGGUUGAUGGUGGGUCCGCAGUAAAUUUACUGCCAAAAAGGGCUUUGGGCAUAAUAGGGGUUCGAUUAUCCCAAUUACAGCCAUGUCAUCUGGUGAUUCAAGGGUUCAAUCAAAAUGAACAACACCCCAUGGGGAAAAUCAAAUUGCGAACUAAAUUUGGUGGCAUCAAGGAAGAUACCGAGUUUCUGGUGAUUGAUGUAGACACUUCCUACAAUGCCUUGCUUGGGAGACCAUGGUCACAUAAUCAUAUGGCGGUGCCCUCUACCUACCAUCAGUGCAUCAAAUAUCCAUUACCUCCACCUAUAAAUGAAGGGAUAAUUGUUGCGGAUAAUGAUCCCUUUAAUGGGGUUGAAGCUUACUAUGCGGAUGCUCGUUUUUACACAAAGGCUUCGCAAAAUAGAGUGAAGGGCUCAGCAGAAACAGAUACUAAAAGCGUGAAAUCUCCGACAAAGAGGGCAUUUCGCUACAUUCCAAAGUCUCAAAGGAAGCCAGGGACAAGUGCUUUAGCUCCGAUAAACCCAACUUUGGAGUUAAAAGAUGCAUUUGUCUUGCCAUUACAGAAGGCAGAAUGCACAUAUGUGGAGAACUAUUGUAAAUUUGUAGUCCCUGCGAAAGCAAAAGGCAUGAAGCCUAUAGUGUUCCAUGCACUUGGUGACAUGGAAAAGAAAGUUCAGGAUGAUAAUCUCAAAACUGUGGAGAUAUUAAGUCCAAUAAGACCAAGUUAUGCUGCGAACAUUACAAAAAUGUUAGUGAAAGCUGGUCUUGAUCCUGAAAAAGUAUCCACACAAACAGUAGCACCUUUUGACUCUGUGCUAACUCAUGCACAAGCCAAAUCCCUUCAGCAAGGAAGUCCUAUUGUGGCCACCAGGGAAGGAUUGGGCUAUCAAGUCGCGAAAGAAAAGCUCUCUGUAAAUAUGAUUACAGUGGAAGGGGCCUCAAAUGAUGGGAUUGAAGAUGAGACAUAUCCCAUACCAACACAAUCUGAAGAAGAAGGUCAGGCUACAAUUGAUGAGCUUCGCGAAGUCAAUCUUGGUGAUGAAGGAGAGAAUAAGCCAACUUUCAUAAGUGCAAACCUAGUAGAGGAAGAGGCUCAGAGGUACAUCUCUUUUUUGAAAGAGCAUCGCGAUGUUUUUGCAUGGACCUACAAUGAGAUGCCUGGACUUGAUCCUGGAGUUGCAGUUCAUAGACUCGCAGUUCAUCCUGAGAAACGGCCUGUUAAACAAGCACCAAGAAGGACACGGCCAGAAUUGACGUCCCAAAUCGAGGCUGAAGUCGAUAAACUCCUUACAGCCGGAUUCAUCAGAGAGGUUAAAUACCCGACUUGGUUGGCAAACAUAGUCCCAGUCCCGAAAAAGAAUGGGAAAAUACGGAUUUGUAUUGACUUCCGCGAUCUCAAUGAAGCUUGUCCUAAAGACGACUUUCCUUUACCCAUCACCAAACUUUUGGUUGAUGCAACCACAGGUUACGAAACCUUGUCAUUCAUGGACGGAUAUUCGGGUUAUAAUCAAAUCCGAAUGGCCCCCGAAGAUGAAAAGUUGACGGCUUUUAGAUCUCCAAAAGGGAUUUUUUGCUAUAUGGUGAUGCCUUUUGGUCUAAAAAAUGCAGGGGCAACAUACCAAAGAGCAAUGACAGUGAUAUUUGGUGAUAUGUUGCAUAACAUCAUUGAGUGCUAUGUUGAUGAUCUUGUCGCCAAAACCAGAAAUAAAGAAGAUCAUUUGGAUGACUUGAAGCAAAUUUUUGAACGCUUAAGGUGGUACAAGCUUAAGAUGAACCCGUUAAAGUGCGCUUUUGGGGUUUGUUCAGGUAAAUUCCUUGGGUUUGUAGUUCGAAGCAGAGGAAUCGAAAUUGAUCCUGUGAAAAUCAAGGCUAUCCUUGAAAUGCCUCCCCCCAAAAAUUUGAAGGAGUUGAAAGGGUUACAAGGAAGAUUAGCCUAUAUAAGAAGGUUCAUCUCUAACUUAGCAGGGCGAUGCUUGCCGUUCUCAAGGCUAAUGAAAAAGGAACUCAACUACUCUCCGAUUGAGAAAACAUGUCUCGCUUUGGUGUUCGCCUUGCAAAAGUUAAGACAUUACGUCUUGGAGCAUGAAGUCAAAUUGAUAUCAAAGGCUGACCCUUUGAAGUAUAUACUGUCAAGGCCAAUACUCUCUGGGAAAAUUGCAAAAUGGGCUGUAAUCCUCCAACAAUUUGCAAUUGAAUAUGUUUCCCAAAAAGCAGUAAAAGGUCAAGCCUUAGCAGACUUUUUAGCAGCGCACCCAAUCCCUGAUGAUUCACCUCUAGCCACUGAUCUACCAGAUGAAGAGGUCAUGCAAGUUGAAGUUCAAAAAGCAUGGGAGAUGUACUUCGAUGGGGCAACAAGGAGUCCGAAUGGCCAAAAGCAAGAAGAUCUAAAAAAUAUCAAAUCUGGAAUCAGUGUUGUGUUCGUCACACCAAAUAAUGCCAUAAUCCCUCAUUCCUUUGCCUUGACAGAAGGAUGUUCAAACAAUGAGGCAGAAUAUGAAGCUGUAAUUGCUGGAUUGGAAUUGGCAUUGCAAAUACCGAUCGAAGAGCUCUUAGUCUAUGGAGAUUCUGAAUUGGUGAUAAAACAGUUGCGUGGAGAAUAUAUUGUUAAAAAAGCAAGCUUGGCCCCAUACCACGAAAGGGCUAGCCAGUUGCUUUCACAAUUCAAGAAAGUUAACAUUUUCCAUGUUAAAAGAAGAAUAAAUGCUCAGGCAGACUCCUUAGCAAGUUUGGCUGCCUCACUUUCCCUGCCUGAGGCAAUAACUGUUACAGUUGGAGAAAGAAGAGUUCUACGGCCCUUAACUGAAAUCUCAGAAGUAUUGUCAAUUUUUGCCGCCACAACAAAAGAAGGUGAGGAAGAUUGGCGUGAGCCCUUUAUAAAUUACCUCCAACAUGGUAGGCUUCCAGAAGAUAAAGCAAAAAGGGCAGAGGCUCAUGAAGUUAUGGCGGAAGUUCAUAGUGGUGUAUGUGGAGCAAACCAAAGUGGUCCAAAGUUACAUAUGCAAUUAAAACGCCUUGGAUAUUAUUGGCCAACCAUGAUUUCUGAUUGCAUUAAUUAUGCAAAAAGUUGCCAAGUUUGCCAAUAUCAUGGAAAUUUUAUCCAUCAGCCUCCAGAGCCUUUACAUGUGACAACAUGCUCUUGGCCAUUUGCAGCAUGGGGCAUCGAUGUUAUUGGGCCUAUCAAGCCAUCAUCCUCUGCUGGUAAUAAAUACAUCAAAGCUGCCACAGAUUAUUUCUCAAAAUGGGCAGAAGCAAUUGCUUUGAAAGAAACGAAGAGUGGGAAUGUCUCAGAUUUCAUCCGAACCCAUAUCAUCUAUAGGUUUGGGGUCCCAGAUAGUAUCAUAACUGAUAAUGGGCAACCCUUCAGAAGUGGUCCAUUAUACAAGUUAUAUUCCAAGUACAACAUAAAGAUCAACCAUUCUUCGCGAUACCAUGCGCCUGCUAAUAGCUUAGCGGAGGCUAGGCAAAAAUUAGGGCAAACAAAAAAUGGGUGGUUCUAG